AUGCCUUCCCACCGUCUCAGCCUACCGGAUAAUAAUCAUCCUGUACCUAUUGCACCAGCCGUGUUUGGUCCAGAGAUGGAACCACAGAUGUUACGGAAUGGGUUUACACAGACUCCCCCGGACAUGGCCAUUCCCAUCACCCCAAUGAUGCCCCAUAUGCCACAGAUGGAGAAUUUCAUACAGAUGCACGGAACUCCCUACGACCACGAAAGUGACAACCAUUUUCUAGCCAUGAGUGGUGCUCCAACAAGCAUGAUCGAUUUCGACACCUCUAAUAUCCUCACUGAUUUCAUGAGCCCUCCCGGGGCCAUCCUUCACGACCCCAAUGACCAAUUCUUGGUGAAUGGGAAGAUGGGAAUGCAAAGCCCUAACCAGCUGCCUUUACCCGUGCACAUGCCAGACGGGUCGACCCCAUUUGCACUGCGAUUGGACCUAGGAAGUCCAAACCAUCAUAUGCCAUACAGACCUCCUGCAGGCCUUUCCCCUUCCAAUUCCUCCACGACAAGUGGACUCCAAGAACCUGACGCGGUGUUGGCCGCACACCACGCUUGGCCCUUCUUCCAAUGCAAUCGUGUGGAGAAAUAUUCCUUCGCUCCCCCCAAGACUGCUGCCAUCUAUCUUGAAGGUCUUGCUCAAACACUGCGGAAUCAGGCCACAUGGACCGCAUGGACUGUUCAACUAGAUGAAUCCUCGUUGGACAUCUCGACCGAGCGAAAGAUUGCUACCGACCAAAUUGUCGGUUGGUCCAGAGAAAAGCUCCUCGCUAUUACCCAAACAUUUCUUCAUAAGGCUUUGGAUAUCCACAAGGCCGACCACGGAGCUCGAGAGGAUACCCCGUCAAGCCCUGGUUCCAGUCGAGAUGCAUUCUUGAUGCUACCUCCUCCGGAUGUCAUGCAAUAUUUCUUGAGAAGUUAUGUGGUUCGCUAUGAGCCCUACUACUCAUCAGUUCCCGCAGGACGACUAGACCCCAAUGCCUUCAUGCAAUCUAAUAAUAGCAAGGCAGCAAGCUUGCUGAUCCUCCUCAUGGUCGCUUCUGGAGCUUCGGCAACCGCCACGGUCGAAGCCAGAUACGUUGCCAGUGGCUUGACCGAAGCUUGCCGCCUUUCCCUCUUUGAUAUGAUCGAGAAGGAUGUUCUUCAGUCUCGUGAAGUCUUGGUGCUUCGAUCAGCUCUCUUGUUUACCUGCCUCGCUGCCUGGUCGGGUGAUAAAUGGCACAUGGAUAUGGCCAUGGGCCAACGUGGCAUGUACCUGGCAAUGCUUGCUCACUCGGGGAUGCUCGAGGCCGCUGACUCGCGCACCGACAUCGACAAGUGUAAGCAAGAUCCAGAAAAGGCAUGGGCAGAUUGGAAAGAACAUGAAGGCAAACACAGACUCGCACACUCUUGGGUUAUUGUUGAUCAAGAGAUGAGUCUCUUCUCGGACACAACCCCAUUGUUAUCAGUAGUCAACCUCCAUGCGCCCAUGCCGGACUCGGAUGACCUUUGGCAUGCUGAAUCUGCAACCGACUGGCUCGAAUUGUUCGAGAAGGUUCAUGGCUCAACAUAUCAAAGUCCUGCAUCAGUACGAGACUUUUUCACCAGCUUUGUCGAUGGCGACCUUGCUGGCAAAGAGCUGUCACCGACUCAACUUCGCCUGCUCUUGCACCCCCUUCAAGCCCAGGUGUGCCAACUACGUCAAUUCAUCGCUUGCCUCCCUGACGGUGGCAGCCAUGCCAAAGCAUCUCGCACCGUGUCCAAAGCCGCGACCAAGGCUCGAUUAGAAGAGAUCUCUUCUCUUCUGCAGCAUUGGUAUACGAUCAGCAAGCAAAGUUUCUCCGGGAACAAGGGGACAUGCUGGACGACGUGCGCCAACCUUAUCAUGUAUCACCUAAUCUCUCUCAAUGCCAUCACAAGUUUCAAGGACAUUGAGCAAUUUGCACGACGCGAGGUCGCCCUGGGCCCGUUCCGAUUCGCAUCUUGGCUACAGAUGCGUUGUAUAGACCAGCCUGAAGAAGCAUAUUUCCAUUGUGGACAGAUCCUUCGCCUGAUCCGGUCAAUGCCACGACCAGUCCGACCACCGUGGUGGUCUGGUGCUGUUUAUCGCGUCGCAUUGACGGGUUGGGCAACCAGCAUGGCGGGAGGAAGUGGACGCUUCUCGCCCACUCAACCCCAGGCCGAACCAGACAGGCCAUUUGCCAUUGAUGACCUCACUCCAGAAAAUGAGGCCAUUUCCCGGUACAUGAAGUACCAGGAAGGCACGCCGAUGUUGUCGAGGUCAGAUGGGUCUCUGGCCCCAAUCGAGGUUCCUUCCAAUGUACUUCAACACUGUAUUGAGGUACUGGAAGAUGACUCGUCGAUGCGCUUGGCGGAUGGCAUCAAACGCAAACUUCGACUGUUCAUGGCAAGCUGGAAAGAUCAUUGA